GAUACGGUGAGGACUCACAGGCCACUGUUGCUUGGAAAUGAUGUCUUGUUACUCUGCCAAUCUGCCUGGCAAGCCUGUAGUACAAGUCCCACGAAAAGAUACGGCAUGCAUCGCAACCGGGACCAUCAUACCAAAUCCUCCCUGCAUGCUAAUAAGCCCAGGCCUCGUCACCUCCCAAGCCUUCCAAGGCCAAGACUACUCCGUACUUGGGGAUCAAUCAACGCCAGGCUGCCAGAUCGCUGGCCGCCCUUAGCCCUGCCAGCACGCGGGCGCUAACAGAGCCGCAACCGAACGGCCAUGAGUCCAUGCCCGUCUGCCCUGGCUGCUCACGUAAUUCCCCUGUCCGCCAAAAGUUGACCCACCCGCCGGGCACUACGUCAACUCUCCCCCGUCGACCGCCGUCUAACAAACGUGCGGCUGCACCGUUAUCCCAAGCCUGACAACCGCCAUCCCUAGAAUAUUGCUGCCGCAGCACGCCCCCUGUACCCCCUUUGCCGACCAGUCUCCAGACAUGGACACGUUAAGAGGCCUCUUCGCUAAGCCAGAUCCCUCGGCACAAGUACGGAAAUGUAACAUGCUCCUCCGCCAGAACAUGCGCAAGCUCGACCGCGACAUCGCCCAGUCCAAGCAGCUCGAGGUCAAGGCCAAGAACCUCAUCGUGCAGGCCGACAAGCGCGCCCAGAAGGACCCAUCGCGCAGGAAACAAGCCGAGAAGGAUGCGCGCGACUUUGCCCGCGAGCUCAUCCGUGCCCGCAAGUCGUCUGCCCGCCUGGUCACCUCCAAGGCCCAGCUCAAUUCUGUACAGAUGCAGGUAAACGAGGCCUUUGCCGUGCGCAAGAUUGAGGGGUCAAUCCGCGCGUCGGUUGGUAUUAUGAAGGACGUCAACACCCUCAUCAGGCUGCCCGAGCUGGCCGGAACCAUGCGGGACCUGAGCGUCGAGCUGAUGAAGGCCGGCGUGAUCGAGGAGAUGGUCGAGGAGACCCUGCCCGAGGACGACACCCUGCUGGGCGAGGACGAGGAGGCAGAGGGCGAGGUCGACAAGGUCCUGGGCGAGAUCCUGAAGGGCAAGAUGGACAAGACGGGCCAGCUGCCCAGCGCCCCGCCGCAGAAGAUCGAGGAGCCCGCCCAGCCCGCAGCCGCCGUCGAGGAGGAUGACGAGGAGGACAUGGAGGCCACCAUGGACCAGAUGAGGAACAGGCUAGAGGCCUUGAGGAGCUAGACAGCAUGGUCCGCUUCUUUCAGCGCUGGCGCGAGAGCGCACACGGUUUGACAAGGUCAUCUGCACGGAGUACGGAGUUUGGGCUGCGGGUUUUGGUCUGCCAUACAGACCAAAACUCAUUGGAUCGGGUUCACUGCCACGGCUGGAAUGAUCGGCGGCGUGGUCGGGGGUAGCCAGUGCUUUUCAAGACUUUAUUCGUCCACAUCAAACCAUCUGAACUGAACAUGUUUGCUGUGGCUCUCGUGAGCUGAAGACACCACAAGGCAGUAGAUAGGGUACAGGCUCGACUGCGGCUGACUUUUCCCGAGGGGUUUGGAUAUAAUCAACAUCAAAUGCGCGGGAGGUACGUCUCCUAAAGAGUGAUUGAGUAUGGUGUUCAGCAUUCAUGAUUUGUCAGAGGGCGUCACGACUAUAACAGCGGAACUGAAAGGCAACGAACCAGCUUCUGUCGCCGGUGGAUAUCAGCAAUGGCAACAGGAGAUGUUCUGCCAGGCACAAGCAGCGCGAUCUUGAUUACCAGCCUACAAUUGGCCCAUCAUCAAUCCCCGGUAGACCGCGGUUGCCUUGAUCGCAGUCUCAAGAACGUAAAGGCUCAGCCAGCUGUAUGCUGCCUUAUGCGGCGC